ACUUGUCCAGCUUCAACAAGUUUCUCUUUUUUGUAUUUGUAUUUCAUCCCUUUGAAUAUUCUCUUCCUUCCUCUUCUAUUUGGAGACGGAAUAAUAAUAAUAUAAGCACUUCUUCAUCUGAUACUUUCUAAGAUACACCAACAAAAGCAGAUCUCCAGUUAUCAGCAUAUAAAAAGAUGAAGAAAGUGAUUCUGAAAUUGGAGUAUUUCGACGAGAAAAUCAAGCAAAAGGCCAUGAAAAAAGUGUCUGGUCUUGAAGGAGUUGAAUCAAUUUCAAUAGAUUCAAAAGAGAAGAAAUUAACAAUAACAGGGAACAUAGAUCCAGUUUCACUAGUUUCCAAAUUGAGGAAGCUUUGUCACACUGAUAUAGUCUCUGUUGGACCAGCAAAAGAGCCUGAGAAAAAGAAAGACGACGGUGCCAAAAAAGAUGAAGGGGCCAAAAAGGAUGACGGCAAAAAAGAAGAUGCUAAAAAAGGGGAUGACAAAAAGGGAGGAGACGAUAAGAAGAAAGAAGAAGCUCCUCCAGUAAUGAAAGCUUUUCCAGCUCCUAUGUUGUAUCACUAUCAGCAUCCUUAUCAACAUUAUCAACCCCCUGUUCCUGCUUAUUAUCACCAUCGAAGCGUCGAAGAAGAUCCAAAUUCUUGUGUUAUCUGCUAAGCUGAUAUUCAUGAUGGAUUUGUUUCAUAUCAUGUUAUCACUAUUAAUAUAUAUUUCCUCUGAGUUUUGAGAGUAAUUAAGAACAAAAAUAUCUUGUACAAAUUUUUGUUUUCUUUUUACCCAUGAUCACAUUUUUGUUCUAGUUUAAUAAUUUUGUUCAAUUAAACGGUUCAUUAGAACAUCUCUUUAUU